AUGGGUAGAGGAUCGACGUAUGAAAUACAAUCUAAUGUCGAAAAUGCUUGUGCCAUAGGUUUGGUAAAAUGGUACGACAAUAAAUCAGUAACAUUAGCCUCAAAUUUUAUAACAUCUGGUACACUUGAUUAUGUACAACGAUAUGAUAAAAAACUAAAACAGUACGUUACAGUUGAAAGGCCAGAGAUUGUAAAGUUAUACAAUGCCAGUAUGGGUGGUGUAGACAAAUCGGACCAAAUGAUUAGUUUGUACAGGACUUUUAUUAAAUCUAGAAAAUGGACGCUUAGAAUGAUUUUUCACGCAUUUGAUUUAGUAGCAAGUAAUUCAUGGUUACAGUACAAGAAGGAAGCUGAGGAACUACUUUUACCGAAAAAAAAAUUUUGGAUUUUCUACAUUUUCGGCUUCAGUUAG